CUUCAAGCGUCAUAGUAAAAGUAACAUGCAAGCGAUAAACUUCACCGCAAAAACAAAAAAAUUGGAAUUGGUACAGAUUCCAAUUCCCAAACUGUCGAAUCCUAACCAAAUUUUGAUAAAAGUGGCAUAUUCUGGAAUUUGUGGAACUGAUCUUCACAUACUGCAGGGCGAAUUCCCAUGUAACUCAGAUAGACCAUUUACCUUGGGCCACGAGUUUUCUGGCACAGUUGUUGAUGUUGGAUCAGAUGUCACCAUUUUCAAAAAAGGCGACAAAGUUGCAGUAGAUCCCAACGCUGGUUGCAGGUCUUGCCAGUUUUGUCACUCUGGACGGCCACAUUUCUGCAGAGUUGGGGCAGUCAGGAACACAGUCGGAAUAUACCAAAAUGGAGGCUGGGCAGAGUAUGUUUUGGCACCGGUGAAUCAAGUACAUAAGUUAAGUGAUGACAUAACUCUGGAACAAGCUGCCUUAGCAGAACCAAUUUCAUGUUUGGCGCAUGGAUGGGAUAUAAUUAGUCCCAUUACAGUUGGAAUGAGAAUUCUUAUCACAGGAGCAGGAAUUAUUGGAAGCCUGUGGAUAUGUACCCUUCAUUUGCAGGGACACAGAAAUGUAACAGUAUCAGAACCAAAUCUAGCCAGACUAGAUAAUCUGAAAAAACUUAGUAAGUAUAUAACUAGCUGCAUUGGAGACACUCCUGGANUCUGCAUUUUUGGCGUCUCGCCUCCACAUUCUGUAAUCAAGGUGAAACCAUUUGACAUCUAUUUCAAAGAAAUAAAAAUAUUUGGAGUACUUGUAAAUCCGUUCAGUUUUCCAAAAUCACUGGGACUUUUGGAAGCUAUGGGUGAGAGGUACUUAAAUUACGAAAAUUUGGGAGUCAAGACAUUUUCCCUAAUAGAAUAUGAGGAAGCAAUAAAUUCACUCAAGAAAGGAACGGUAGCAAAAGCAAUUUUCAAGUUAUGAUUAAAAACUGUUUAUUUUGAUCCUAAAUAUACAUUCUCAAUUGAUUGAA